CCUCCUCUCCCUCCCUCCCUCGGCCUGGGCAGGGCGUCCUCGCAAGAUGGCGGCGGUGGAGCUGGAGUGGGUGCCCGAGACGCUCUACAACACCGCCAUCUCUGCCGUGGUGGACAGCUACGGGCGCGCCCGGCGGAGGGACAUCCGCUCCUUGCCCGAAAACAUCCAGUUCGACGUCUACUACAAGCUUUACCAACAAGGCCGACUAUGCCAGCUGGGUAGUGAAUUUUGUGAACUAGAAGUUUUUGCAAAGGUGCUUCGGGCUCUAGAUAAAAGACAUCUACUUCAUCAUUGCUUUCAGGCGUUGAUGGAUCAUGGGGUCAAAGUGGCCUCGGUUUUGGCCUAUUCAUUCAGCAGGAGGUGCUCCUACAUCGCAGAAUCGGAUGCUGCCGUUAAAGAAAAAGCCAUCCAGAUCGGAUUUGUUUUAGGAGGUUUUCUCUCGGACGCUGGCUGGUAUAGCGAUGCCGAGAAAGUCUUCCUUUCCUGCCUACAGUUAUGCACGCUCCACGAUGAGAUCCUCCACUGGUUUCGCGCUGUUGAAUGUUGUGUCAGGUUACUCCAUGUCCGAAACGGCAACUGCAAAUACCACUUGGGAGGAGAAACCUUCGAUCUGGCGCAGUCUUACAUGGACAAGCUGGCGAAGCAUGGCCAGCAGGCCAACAAAGCUGCCCUCUACGGCGAGCUGUGUGCCCUGCUCUUUGCAAAGAGCCACUACGACGAGGCUUACAAAUGGUGUAUAGAAGCCAUGAAGGAGAUUUCGGUUGGUUUACCAGUGAAAGUAGUUGUGGACGUCUUACGGCAAGCUUCGAAGGCCUGUGUGGUAAAGCGUGAAUUCAAGAAAGCCGAGCAGUUGAUAAAACAUGCGGUGUACCUCGCGCGGGAGCAUUUUGGAGCCAAACACCCAAAAUAUUCAGACACACUACUAGACUAUGGGUUUUAUUUACUCAACGUAGACAACAUAUGCCAGUCGGUUGCCAUUUAUCAGACAGCGCUAGACAUCAGGCAGUCUGUCUUUGGCGGAAAAAACAUCCACGUCGCGACAGCUCAUGAGGACUUGGCUUAUUCGUCGUAUGUUCACCAGUACAGUUCGGGAAAGUUUGACAAUGCACUAUUCCAUGCCGAACGUGCCAUCGGUAUCAUCACCCACAUCCUCCCAGAAGAUCACCUUCUCCUUGCCUCUUCCAAAAGGGUUAAAGCCCUGAUCUUGGAGGAGAUUGCCAUCGACUGUCACAACAAGGAGACGGAGCAGCGGUUGUUGCAGGAGGCCCACGACUUGCACCUCUCCUCGCUGCAGCUGGCCAAGAAAGCCUUCGGAGAGUUCAACGUCCAGACGGCCAAACACUACGGCAACCUGGGCCGACUUUACCAGUCCAUGAGGAAAUUUAAGGAAGCAGAAGAAAUGCAUAUCAAGGCGAUCCAGAUCAAGGAGUUGCUUCUCGGCCAGGAAGAUUACGAAGUGGCCCUUUCCGUGGGACACUUGGCCUCGCUGUACAACUACGACAUGAACCAGUACGAAAAUGCCGAAAAGCUUUAUCUGAGAUCCAUAGCAAUUGGAAAGAAGCUUUUUGGGGAAGGUUACAGCGGACUGGAAUACGAUUACCGGGGCCUCAUUAAACUGUACAACUCCAUUGGCAAUUACGAGAAAGUAUUUGAAUACCACAACAUUUUGGCCAACUGGAACCGGUUGCGGGAUCGGCAGUUUUCGGUGACGGAUGCCUUGGAGGACGUCAGCACCAGCCCUCACUCCACCGAGGAAGUCGUCCAGUCGUUCCUGAUGUCGCAAAACGUAGAAGGACCGCUUUCCUAAGGAACUUGGCCAGCUUUCCCAACGGGGCUUUUUCCCCCCUCCCCUUUUUUUGUUGUUGUUGUUACCCACAGUUACAUGGGAGAAGUCAUACUGUGAAAUUUGAAAAACCAUGUCGUUAUUUUUUUUUCCUCUCCCCCGCUCCCACCUUUUUUUCUUCUUUGUCUUCUCCUCGAGGGGGCUGUAAAAAUUGCAUUGAAACACUGGUCCGGUCCAUAAAAAAAAUAAUCCCCUACCUUUGGGGUGAUCUCAACUUUUGAUGGAGUGACCGUACAAACGAAUGUGUGCUUAAUAAUAAUAAUAAUAAUAAUUCCUACCAGCAUGAGUACGGCAUGAGUUUUGUUUUGGCGAGAGAGAGAGAGAGAGAGAGAAAAAGAGAGACAUACAUAGAGAUAUAUAUAAAAAGAAAAGCAUAGACAUCCCUAACGAUCGUCUGUAUUUUAACAAAAUCUUUUUUGCCUUCGAAAAGAAGCCACUUUACCGGAGAAUCGAAAGAGAGAAAUAAAAGCAUUUAACACUU